AUGCGGAGUUGUUGGGCGGGCAUCAGGGGAACAAACGAGCUGCUGGGCAAUGCCAGCGCGCUGGGUGACGCUGUUAUUGGGAUGGGUAAUAGCACUGAAGUGACUAGAAGCUUAGGCGAUGAGGCAGCACAGAUGAGGGAUCUGGGCGAUGCCUUGUGUGUGUUGGAAAGUAGGAGCACUGCAUUAGAAGGCAUAAUAGAUGGCGAUGCCAGCACAAGGACCCAAUUGCUAGGCAACGCUAGCAAGGCGCUAGGCAGUGCCAGCAUGUUGGUCGAUGUUGAGCUUCGGUCAAGCAGGCCUAGUAUGCGGGAGAGGAAAAGGAGAGAAGGGCGACACCAGGCGAUGGGUGACGCCAGCCAGGCACAGGGCGAUGACGGUCGCAAGCCAGACGACGCAAGCGGGCUGGGCGCGAGAACUUGUGAAGUUGAG